GUAGAGGCCUUCAGUGGAAAACAAGUUUAUUUCGGUGUUGUUGUCUCUGAACAGCGAUCAGAUCACCUGCUCUGUUCUUGAACAAACUGCAAUUUUAAGUAAAAGUACGAAAAUUUCUCACGAUUUGGACAAAGAUGUAUGUAAUGCAUAAUCUAUGAAUCCGUUUACUGUCGUUUGAAAUGAAUGCGCAGAGCGCACGACCGUCGUGAACACACAGACGUACGUGUGUUCUCGCGGUGCCUGCUCUUCUCGUGUGAGCGGAGGAGGGAGUUCAAAACCGGAGCUGUGUUAGCAGAGUUAGCUAGCAGGAGAACUGGAAUCAUAUCUGCCUACCUAACACCUAGUUACUCCGGUACCCGGAUCCAGUGACGCUUCAUUGACGGUGACAUUUCUGUCCGGCCGGAGAGACGUGUGUUCCAGUCCUUAUUUAGCUACACUUUCUACUCCGGUGUUGGCCGAGGGGAGUGGUUGUUGUGAACCGGAGUAUUUGAGCGUGACGUCUCGGUGUGUGUGUGGUGUAGUCGAGCGACAUGGAGCUCGAGGACGACACCACGGUGCUCGCGACUCUCAAGUCCUACCAUAGCUUCAUCUCCAUGCCGGAAACACAGCAGUGCGUCGCAAAGCCAAAUCUGGGCCUGCACACCCAGUACCUGAGGAGCAUGGAGGUAGGACACACACACACACAUACAGACAGACACACACACACACACACCCUGUGCUGUGCAGAGAGUGAAACACACUCCUCUACCCCCCCCGCCCCCCAGGGGGUCCAGGAGAACAGGAGCCUCCAGGGGGUCCAGGAGGAGCAGGAGAACAGGAGCCUCAAGAGAGCUCGUCUGGAGCUGGAAGAGGCUGCCUGCGUCAGCGCACGCCAGCUGGAGCGAGAGGUAGAGCGUAACAGGGAGCUGCUGGGGCGAAUCAGACGUCUGGAGGAGCGGGUGGACGAGGCAGCCAGGAGCCAAUCAGAGCAGGAGGGGGUGCGGCGCAGUCUCCGUAGCAACCUGGAGGCUGUGAACAGGAAGCUGGCUGAGAGAGAUGCACAGCUAAGCUCCGCCCAGCAGACUGUUAGCAGCCAGAAGGAUGAGAUCAGAGACUUGAAGCAGCAGCUACAGAGUCAGGAGAACAUCGUCUCUACACACACUCUGGAGCAGAAGGCUGUCCAGCAGCAGCUGGACCUGCAGCGCAGGAAGUAUCAGGAGAUGAGUCAGCGUUGUCAGGAGCUCCAGGAAGCCCAGUCCUCUUGCUCUGACCACGAGAUGAAGAUCAAGGAGCUGCAGUGUCGUCUGGAGCUGCAGGAUCAGGACAGCCUCAUCGUCCAGAACAUGAGGUCAGAGGUCGCCAGGGUUCCUGACCUGGACAAGGAGCUGAGAGCCCUGCGCCAGGAGAACACCUACCUCAGGGAGUGGAGGGAGAGCAGUGGGCUGCUGCAGGAGGAGGUGGAGGGGCUGAGGAGGAAGGUGGAGAGGAUGGAGAAGAUGAAGGAGGAGGUGGUCACUCUGGAGCUGGAGAGAGAGAAACUGCUCCAGUCUGUGCAGGCCUGGGAGAAGCUGGGUCAGGCCACUGGGCUCGACAUCAGGAAACCAGAUGAUUUGUCCAGAGAGGUCAUCCUGAUCCAGCAGAGAGAGAUAACCCUCAAACAGCAGAACUAUACUCUCACCAGCAGCUUGCGUGAGGUGGAGCGUUCCAGGGCCAGCCUGCAGGGGGAGCUAGUGCUGCAGAUCUGCAGGCUGCAGGAGGAGCAGAACAAGACACAAACACAAGAAGCUCUGGGCAGACGCCUGCAGAAAAGACUGCUGCUGCUCACCAAGGAGCGUGACGGCCUGCGGGGGAUCCUGGAGUCAUACGACAGCGAGCUGGGCUCAGACUACACCCCCCUGCUGGGCCGCAGGCUGAGGGAGGCGGAGCAGGGCCAGGCCCACAGCCAGGGCCUGCUGGCCCAGCUGGAGGUCCAGCUGAAUGCAGCUCAGGAGGAGACAGGAACUCUGAAACGACAGCUGCAGUCUGUGGAGCUGGAGUUGGAGAUGAUAAAAAAACAGGCAUCUGUUGCCGAGGGCAACCCGUUAGUGACCACGGAGGAAGUCAAUGCUCUCAGGCUGAAGGUGGAGGAGCUGGAAGCGGAGAGACAGCGUCUGGAGGAGCAGAACUCCACCCUGGAGAUGAGGCUGGACAGACAGCUGCUGCAGGGAGACUAUGAUCCAGUCAAGACAAAAGUUGUCCAUCUCAGGCUCAACCCCACCAGUGUUGCCAAGCAACUGCGCCAAGAGGAAGUGGAAUCUCUCCGGCAGGAAGUGACACGUCUGAGGGAGCACCUGCGCUCACUGGCUAGCCCCGCCCCCGAUGCCAGCGCUGCCAACGUCAGCAUCAGCCUGCCCCCUUCACAGGAAGUACUGGAGCUGCGCCGUCAGAUGGAGAUGAGUGAGCUGAAGAACCAGCGUUUGAAGGAGGUGUUCCAGAAGAAGAUACAGGAGUUCCGGACGGUGUGCUACGUCUUGACGGGGUACCAGAUAGACCUGACCACCCACAACCAGUACCGCCUGUCCUCCGUCUACGCUGAACACAUGGACGAUAUCCUGCUCUUCAAGUCAGGAGGGGGGGCGGGGGGCAGUGUGGGCGCGGGGGCCAUGCAGCUGAUGGAGACCUGCUUCUCCAGGACUCUGGCUCCCAUGGUGGACCUGCACCUGCACCAUCAGAAGAGCAUCCCUGCCUUCCUGUCUGCGGUGACCCUUGACCUCUUCAGCCGACAGACCACCGUCUGAUCCCUGACCCUCUGGUUCUCUGUCCAGCUGGCAGGAGAAUCUGCUGUUGCUGCAGACCCCGAUCACCCCUGGAGAACUUCUAGGAGACCAUCUGGAAGGAUCUCAUGUUUUUCUGUUUAGUUCUUUGGUUUUAGUCUAGACUGAACUGAACUGGACUGUCUCUCACACAGAUAAAUACACACACACACAACUUUGUUGUGGUUUUACCUGUUUGGUUGGGUUAAUAAAGAGAUGUCUGGAAUCCAU